GGCAAAGCCCCUCUUGGACCCCGAGGAAGAAACCCACCCCCAAUCCCAAUCUAUUCCAUCGCUUUCUAGGGUUUGUUCUCUCGUCGAUCCGAUGGCGGCCGAGGCGGAGACGAAGGCGAUGAUCACCCUCCGCAGCUGCGAGGGCCAGGUGUUCGAGGUCGCGGAGGCCGUGGCCAUGGAGUCCCAGACCAUCCGCCACAUGAUCGAGGACAAGUGCGCCGACACCGGCAUCCCGCUCCCCAACGUCUCCGCCAAGAUCCUCUCCAAGGUAAUCGAGUACUGCAGCAAGCACGUCGAGGCGCGCGGCGGGGCGGCCGCCGCCGCCGACGGCGACGCCCCCGCCCCCGCCGCCGUGGAGGCCAACAAGGCCGUCGAGGACGAGCUCAAGACGUUCGACGCCGAGUUCGUCAAGGUCGACCAGUCCACCCUCUUCGAUCUCAUCCUGGCUGCAAACUACCUCAACAUCAAGGGACUGCUGGAUCUGACCUGCCAGACCGUGGCUGACAUGAUCAAGGGGAAGACACCAGAGGAGAUCCGCAAGACCUUCAACAUCAAGAAUGACUUCACCCCCGAGGAAGAAGAGGAGGUGAGGAGGGAGAACCAGUGGGCCUUCGAAUGAAGACCCCCCCCCCCCCCCCCCCAAAAAAAAAGCAACAACCAUCUCAUGCGAAUGACCAGCAAGGAAGGGGAAGCGCGUCAUGUCGAGAAGUUGAUCCUGGAGCAGCUAUGAACUCUCUGCUUGAACUGUCUUUAAGAAAGUUGUAAUUAGGGUUAGUUCGUCGUUAGUUGGUUGGGAGAGCAGACUAUUUAGCUGACUCCGUUCUGUUUUGUGCACUCUGGAGCGAGAAGGAAAUGAUUGCUGGUUGUUCUGCUUAUUCUGCUUUCUGGUAA